CGGAUGCAGUCGGCGGCUCCAGGAAGCGGCUGCGGAGCGCGGGGUUUCGCGGGCGCUGGGGCUGCAGGAUGGUCGGCGGCGGGAAGCGGAGGUCCGGCAGGGAGGGACAGCAGUGUGAAAAGACAGUUGAUGUGAAGAAGAGUAAAUCCUGUGAAGCUGAUGUCUCCAGUGAGCUUCGAAAAGAAGUAGAAAAUCAUUAUAAGCUCUCCUUCCCUGAAGACUUCUACCACUUCUGGAAGUUCUGUGAAGAGCUGGAUCCUGAGAAGCCUGCCGAUUCACUUUCUGCAAGCCUUGGACUUCAGUUAGUGGGUCCGUAUGAUAUCCUUGCUGGAAAACAUAAAAUGAAGAAAAAAUCAACAGGCCUGAAUUUUAACCUUCACUGGAGGUUUUACUAUGAUCCUCCCGAGUUCCAGACCAUUAUUAUUGGAGAUAGUAAAACUCAGUACCAUAUGGGGUAUUUCAGGGAUUCUCCUGAUGAACUUCCUGUAUAUGUUGGUAUAAAUGAAGCAAAGAAAAAUUGUAUGAUUGUUCAAAGUGGAGAUAAUGUGUUUGCCGCAGUCAAAUUAUUUUUGAUGCGAAAACUUAAAGAAGUAACAGAUAAAAAGAAAGUUAAUCUCUUGAAAGACAUAGAUGAAAAACUCACAGAAGCAGCCAGAGAACUGGGCUACUCACUGGAGCAGAAAACCGUGAAGAUGAAACAGAGAGAUAAGAAAGUUGUGACAAAGACCUUUCAUGGUGCAGGCUUGGUUGUUCCAGUGGACAAAAAUGAUGUUGGGUACAGAGAGCUCCCUGAAACAGACGCUGACCUCAAGAGAAUUUGCAAGACAAUAGUUGAGGCUGCAGGUGAUGAGGAGAGACUGAAGGCGUUUGCUCCCAUUCAGGAGCUGAUGACCUUCGUGCAGUUCGCCAACGACGAGUGUGACUACGGCAUGGGCCUCGAGCUGGGCCUGGACCUCUUCUGCUGCGGCUCCCCGUAUUUUCAUAAAGUUGCUGGCCAGCUUUUACCUCUUGCGUAUAAUCUUUUGAAGAGGAACCUGUAUGCAGAGAUUAUUGAAGAUCAUCUGGCAAACAGAAGUAAAGAGAACCUAGACCAACUUGCAGCAUGAGUGGGAGGUAGCUUUGUUUGAUGUAUAAUAUUUCGAAGUAUUGGUAUUAAACUUGUGAUUUGUUCUGUUUUUAAGGAAUACAAAAAUAAAUUAGAAAUAUUUGCUAAAAAUUU